UUAUCAUUCAGGAUUUCAGGCUUUGUAAAGGCUCUAGUGUGUACUGAAAAGUGAACUUUUUUUUAAAAUUAAUUUACACAUUAUUAAAUCCGUUGUUUAUCAGUUUGAUUGUCAUAAUACGGAACUUUCAGAGGUGCACUUCCAUAAACAAGGAAUUCAAGUUACUGUUAGUGUUUUGUUAUUAUUAUUCUUUUAAUGAUUUUUCAAUGGGCUUUUCAUAAAGAAGAAGAAAAUGCCUUUGAAUUACAUACUUUUAAGUCAGAUUGCUGGCUAUGUCAUCGCCUUCUUAUGCUCUUUGUGCAUCGCCAUUCCUAUGACACUGCAUCAAGAUGAAUUUCGGGGUCAUUGUUUACUGUUCUCAACAGGUGUUUGGUUGGAAAGAGAUGGCCAGUUCAUGGUUAAAUGGUCAUCACAGGCAUAUUGUAAUUACACUAUUUUUGUCGGUGUUGUGUUAGCAAUAGUAUCAUUAAUUCAAAUAUACAGAAUGGCUCGUUACAUGUACCAAGGAACAGACAGUAAUUUUUUGUCUGCAUUUUUUGAUGUGAUUGGCUGUUUCUUUCUAUGUGGUAUGUCAGUUGUCGCCGCCUUGAUGAUUACAUUUGGAUUUAUUGUGUGGUGCAAUGACAUGACUAUGAGGUUUUCUUCGUGUGAACUUGCAUCUGGUGCUGAUAUUGACAGACAAGAUGGAAUAGAUACAACCAAUUUCUAUUUUGAACUAGGAGCAGCACAGUUUGGCGCUUGGGCUUCAAUGGCGUGCUGGGUAGGCCUUUCCGUGUUCGCUCUACUCAAAAUGUGCCAGCAACAUCAAAUAAUGAAUAUGAGGGCUAGCAUGUUUCGCGAGCGGCAGCGAUUGAUAAAUGAAGGAAACAAAAUUGAUGCAGAUGUACGCGUAAAUCAUUCAAACGAUGCAAAUGAAUGUAAGGGGGAUAAGCUAGAAAGCAAUGAUCUUUAUUUUUAAUUAUUGUGAAUAUUUAUUCACCGCAUUAUUGUGAUUAAUUAAAGCUUUUGAAUUUGUUUUAUUUUUAUACAAUUAAUUGCUUUUGUACAUAAUUAUAAAGUCCAAACAUUAUUUUGUCAUUUUAUAUAAUUUUAUUUAGUGAUAUGAAAAAAAUCUUAUUUAUUCUAUAGUGUACUAAAUUUCAUGUCAUAUUGUAAUAAUUAAUAAUUGAACUUGAGGGCACCCAUUGGCCCAAUCGAUGAGACGUUGAUGCAGGCUGAAAGGACUCAUGCUCAAAUCUUAGCCCUGAACUUGGAAUUUAUUUAUUUAUUUUUAUUUAUUUAUCUUUUUUUUCGUGGGGGCAGAAAAUAUACAAAACACGGUGUGAUUAUUACAUCUUCCCCACGAUGAUGAUGCAAAGUCGUACUUCCUGUUAAAGGACAAUAUACUCCCUUGGCCACCUACUGCGCUUGUCCACUGCUCGCAGAGUUCCUCCUGACUUUCACAUAAAUACGCAAGUUGUAAGCCACAGGCCAACAUCGCCACAUUCUUGUAAAGUUGUAAAUUCAGUUCAUUACUCUUAUAUCUUCAUAAAAUUUUCAUCAAAAUUAUUGUAUCUACUUAUUUAUAGAUAUACACUGUACAUACACUUAAUCUAUUUUUUAUUUUUUUUUUUUUUUUGCUUUGCCUGCCGGCAUUAGCCACAUAUCAAGUUUGUUUGAAUAAUAAAUUAAAUUAACAUUACAAUUCAUUGGCCUUGAUUUUGAGUGUUAUUUGAUUUGAACAUGAGUUAUUUCAAAAUUAUUGUUACAAUUUAAUUUUGUUAUUAUGUAUGAAAGGUCAUUUGAACAGCUAAAAAUAGUCACAAGUAGUAGUUAUAUAUUUUAAUAGUAGUACUCAUUAUGAUAUUAAAUUUCAAUUGCCAUUAAUUUUUUUUUUUCAAUUCUAAUCCAUCUUAAGUUACAUUAUUUGUUACCUUCUACUCCUAAUCAAUGUAUUGUUAGCCCAUGUGUAAUUAGGUUGAACCCAGGAUCAACAGAGAUGCAUUUCUGUGUCAGCGUUUUAAUCGUUGAGGCCACUGAUGCCCUCCACCAUUAAAUUUCAUUCUAAUUUUUAGAUUUAGUUACUAAUAUUUAGUUAAAAAGUCAUAAUUACCUUUAAAAUGAACAGAAUAUAAAAACGUAUGAUUUUGAAGAUUGUGAUUGAUCCAGAAUUUGAAAAUGAACACCACUGACAUAAUUAUGAUGAGUGUUAGAACACUGUUAUUGGUUUAUUAUUGUAUGAUUAAAAAAUGAAAUUGAAAAGUUCCUUAUGUAGUCAAGCACAUUGUAUUUUUAAUAUUGAUAAGUUUUGUUUCAAUUCAAAUCCUGAAAUGUUUGAAUUAUAAAUUAAAUAGAAUUUUAUUGGGUUUUUUACAAAUGAUUUAUAAGAUGAAAUAAUGAUCAAUUAAAAAUGGUAUGAUGUUUUAUUUGUAUAUGUUUUUUAAUUAAAUUUAUUAAAAUAUCAGUUAUCUCUUUUAUACUACACUAAUAAACUCCAGAAGAAGAGGGAUAAAGAGAAAAAGUGAUAACUUCAAAAGUAUUGAAGUUAAUUAAAAUUAUUACAAUAGUGUAAUAAUUUAAAAAAGUGGAUUUUUGUAAUACAAUUAAUAGCAAUUGUAAUGUAAGAAACUCCUUCAAUGUAAUAUGAUGUAAUAUAUGAAUUUGAAAUUUGCCAUAUAAAAAUAUUAAAACAUUGAUUGAAGUGUCACAUCAAAA